AUGAGCAGCAGCUCAGGCGAAGAAUCAGAUUUGAGUGAUUCUGAGAUUUUUGAGUUCAAAGAGAAGCCUUAUGAAGAAUUAAGAACCAGAAAACUGAGAGUGAAGGGUCCAAACGGGUCCCUGAGAUGUCCCUUCUGUGCAGGGAAGAAAAAACAAGACUACAAGUACAAAGACCUUCUUCAACAUGCUAAAGGGGUUAGCAAGGGUUCUUCUAACCGAAGAGCUAAACAGAAGGCAAACCAUUUAGCACUUGUAAAGUAUCUGGAAACAGACCUAGUAAAUGAGGCUGAGCCAAUACCUAAACGUGCUGUGACACCAGAGCAUUCAGAACCUGAAAGAGAUGAACUGUUUGUUUGGCCUUGGACUGGGGUUGUUGUUAAUAUAUCAAAGGAAACCGCAAAUGGAAGAUCUCUAGAUGACAAGGAGUAUUGGUUGAAAAAGUUCUCCCUGUAUAUGCCUUUGGAAGUUAAGUUUUUCUGUGAUAACCAAGCAAAGGUCUCUAAAGCUGUUGUGAGGUUCAAUAGUGAUUGGACUGGUUUUAAGGGUGCAAUGGAGUUUGAGAAGUCGUUUGAAGCCUCUCACUGCAGCAAACAAGAAUGGAAAUCCCAUAGAAGUCGCCCUGAUCCAAAUUUAUAUGGAUGGGUUGCUCGAGAAGAUGAUUAUAUAGCCGAAGGGGCUAUAGGAGAAUAUUUGCGAGAGAAGGGAGAGCUGAAGACUAUCUCUGACCUUAUUAAAGAAGAAAAACAGGGUAGAAAGGAAGUUAUAGCGGGUCUAACCAAUGAACUUGACAUGAAAAAUGAAAAUCUGGAUGAGCUGCAGACAAAAUUCAAUUCCAAUACACUGUCUCUUCGUCAGAUGCUUGAGGAGAAAGACAUGCUACACCGUUCUUUUUUUGAAGAAUCAAGGAAGAUGCAACGCCUUGCACGUGAGCAUGUACAGAAGGUCCUGCUGGAGCAAGAAAUGUUGAGUCUAGAAUUGGAGAGCAAGAAGAAGCAGCUUGAUUCUUGGAGCAGAGAACUGAAUAAACGCGAAGCUUUAACUGUGAGAGAGAAGCAAAAGCUUGAUGAGGAGAAGAAACAGAAUGAUGUGAGAAAUUCAGCACUUCAAAUGGCCUCUGUGGAGCAAAGAAAAGCUGAUGAGAAUGUCUUGAGACUGGUUGAAGAACAAAAGAGGGAGAAGGAGGAAGCCUUGAAAAAGAUUCUUGAGCUAGAGCGGGACAUUGAUGCCAAGCAAAAGCUGGAAAUGGAAAUAGCAGAACUUAAAGGAAAACUAGAGGUUAUGAAGCACCUUGGAGGCAAUGACGAUGCAGCUGUACAGAAUAAGAUUAAGGAGAUGAAUGAGGAGCUGAAAGAUAAAAUGGAGGAGAUGGAUGGUAUGGAGUCCCUAAACCAGACUCUCCUUGCGAAGGAACGCCAAAGUAAUGAUGAGUUGCAAGAUGCACGGAGCACAUUGAAAAAGGGAUUGCUUGAGAUAUUGAGCAGUGGGCGAGCCCAUAUUGGGAUAAAAAGAAUGGGGGAAAUUGAUUCAAAGGCCUUUCAUAAUGCAUUGAAGCUGAUAUUUCCAAGUCAGGAAGCUGAGAUCAAGGCCAUAGAACAUCUUUCUCUGUGGCAGGCAAAAAUACAAGGUCCUGACUGGCAUCCCUUUAAAACAAUCAGGGUUGAUGAUUCAAAUGUAGAGAGAGUAAUAGAUGAGAAUGAUGAAGAAAUACGAAAGCUAAAGGAGGAAUUGGGGGAUGAAAUUUGCGAUGCGGUGACUGCAGCUCUGAAGGAGAUAGAGGAAUACAAUCCAAGUGGUAGGUACGCAGUUCCUGAGCUAUGGAAUUUCAAGGAAGGAAGGAAGGCCACACUGAAGGAAGUAAUCAGUUUCAUUUUCAAGCAAUUGAAGACGCAAAAACGCAAGAGGGCAUGAUAGUUAGGGAUGUACCAGAGUAGUUACUUUUUGAUAGUGGAUGUACAUAUGCACUUUUGGGAUUCAGAUAUUUGCAUGUUUGCAAUGUGGUUGGCAUGUCUUGCUGCAGGACUAGUUCAGGUAGCCCCUAUAUGUUUUUUAAGAUGCCUGUAAAACCACGACUCAGUGGAGAUUAUCCUUUUGUGGGGCUUGACUGUUUGCAGUUGAAAAUAUGAUUAUCGACUCUUAUAUGCGGCUGAUAAGGGUGCUUUAAAAUGUUCAAUUGUCAUUUGAUUUCAUUUGAAA